UAUGAAGCAGGUUAAACCCAAGUCACUACAGUUGAGGCUUUGAUUCUCUUCUACACUAAAAUCGUGACUGACCACUACUUAUUCCAAAGAAGAAAAGCUCUCUGCUUACAGCAAACUGCAUCACUAUGGAGAGCGAGCUACAUGCCCGAGAUACUGCGGGGGUUCAAGAUUUUGUCUUGUUGGAGGAUUUCAAAAGCGAAGAUGCUUUCUUGGACAAUUUGAAGAAGCGCUACAACUCCGAUCUCAUUUAUACAUACAUCGGAACUGUAGUUGUUUCUGUAAAUCCCUAYAAAAGUUUGCCUAUUUACACGAGCGAUGUCAUUGAAAAAUAUCGCGGCGAAAAUCUUUAUGAACUUCCACCACACAUUUAUGCUAUAUCAGAUGAAGCUUAUCGUUCCAUGAAGGAGGAACGCCGUGAUCAAUGUAUUUUGAUUUCUGGUGAAAGUGGAGCUGGCAAGACUGAGGCGUCAAAGAGAAUCCUUGAAUACCUCGCUGCCAUCAGCACCUCAACUACAGAAGUCAAAAGAGUCAAAGACAGGCUGCUUAAGUCAAAUCCAGUUUUAGAGGCAUUUGGCAAUGCAAAGACCAAUAGAAAUGAUAAUUCCAGUAGAUUUGGCAAGUACAUGGAUAUUCAAUUUGACUUCAAGGGAGCACCAUUUGGAGGUCACAUCUUGAACUACCUUCUUGAGAAAUGCAGAGUUGUCCAUCAAGCCAAAGGUGAAAGGAAUUUCCACAUCUUUUAUCAACUUUUGCAAGGAGGYGAUGAUAGUUUUCUUGAAAAAUUACAAUUAGAAAGAGACCCUAGCAACUAUGUUUACCUGAAUCAGGGGGAGUGCGUUAAAGUGUCAUCUAUAAACGACAAGAAUGAUUUCAAGGUCGUCAAGAAUGCAUUGUCAGUUAUCGAGAUGUCAGCCGAGAAACAAGACGCUCUUUUUUCAAUCGUAGCAUCGGUUCUUCAUCUUGGCUCGAUUUCCUUCAGAGAAAAGCCUGGUACAGAUCACCAUCAAAUAGAGCUGGAGAACGCUCGACCUGUUAACAUCAUUUCAAAGCUUCUAGGAUGUCCGGAGGAUGUACUGGAAGUCGCUCUUACAUCGCGUACAGUUGAAGCCAAAGGUGAAAAGAUGAAAACGUUUCUAACGUACGAACAAGGUCUGUAUGCACGCGAUGCUCUUGCUAAAGCCAUCUACGAUCGACUAUUCACCUGGAUAGUACGAAGUAUCAACAGCUCUUUGGAAAUGAUGAAGUACAGAGGACCAGUUUCUUUGAUGGGUUUACUGGAUAUCUAUGGAUUUGAGAUCUUUGAGGCUAACAGUUUCGAGCAGUUCUGUAUCAACUACUGUAACGAGAAGCUUCAACAGCUGUUUAUAGAACUAACGUUGAGAGAAGAACAACAAGAAUACAGGAAUGAAGGCAUUGAGUGGGAACCAGUGGAAUACUUUGAUAAUAAAGUCAUCUGUGAUCUGAUUGAAGUCAAGCAUAAAGGAAUCAUUUCUCUUCUCGACGAAGAGUGUGUUCGACCAGGUCAGGUGUCUGAUAGUACGUUCUUAACUAAACUUGAAUCCUCCAUUGGAGAACAUGAUCAUUUUGUUAGCCAUGCUACUGGUGAUUAUGCUGAUCGAAAGGCCCUGGGGCGAGAUGAAUUCAGACUGAAACACUACGCUGGUAACGUGACAUACAAUGUGACAGGUUUUGUGGACAAGAACAACGACCUCUUAUUCAGGGAUCUUAAAGAGGCCAUGUGUCAAAGCACCAAUAUUAUCACUUCAGAAAUGUUUCCCAAGGAAGAAAUGUUGUCACUAAAGAGACCAGAUACAGCUGGGACCCAGUUUAAAACGAGUCUUAACCAUUUGAUGUCAAUCCUGAUGAGCAAACAGCCAUCGUAUGUCAGAUGUAUCAAACCUAACGAUUCCAAAAGAUCAGGCAAGUUUGACGACCAGCUCAUUAGGCAUCAAGUCAAGUAUCUAGGAUUAAUGGAGAAUUUACGUGUUCGACGAGCUGGUUUUGCKUACCGAAGACAUCAUACUUACUUCCUUAACAGGUACAAGUGUUUGUGUCCAGCAACAUGGCCUGUCUGGGAUGGUGAACCCAAAGAUGGAGUUGAAACUCUAUGUAAUCAUGUUGGCUUUAAAUCCGACGAAUACAAGCUAGGAGAGACGAAGAUAUUCAUCAGAUCACCCAAGUCUCUGUUCACUAUUGAGGACAUGUAUCAAGUUAAAAAGAAUGAAAUCGCGAUUAUCAUUCAGACAAGUUUCCGAGGCUACAAUGCGAGACGAAAGUUUCAACUUGCUCGUUGGGCUGUUACAACUGUCGGCGCUCACUGGAAGAGAUUCAAAGCUGAGAGACUUUUGGCGCGAAGAAAGAACGGUGCKCAAGUGAUACGGCGAUUCAUUCGAGGCUUCAUAACGAGGAAUCAAGAAGCUAACGAAGACAACAUUUUGUUUUUGGCGUAUGUACGCAUGUCRUUCCUUCUUAACCUGUCCAGGAAYCUGCCUAAAUCCUUGUUGGACAAGUCAUGGCCAGAAUCCCCUCCCUCRCUGCAAGAAGCUUCAGAUCUACUGCACGUUCUUCACAGUCGAGUUUUGCUCAACAACUACGUGAAGAAGAUGAGACCUGAACGUAAGGCACAGAUGACAUUGAAGCUCAUAGCUAGUGAGAUGUUCCUGGGUAAAAAGGCGAACUAUCCCGACACUGUACCCAUUCCAUUUGUCACAAACAGACUCGAUGUGUCCCAAGAUAUGCAGAAGGCUAAUGUGUUUGACAAACAAGUCAUCGGUGGAAACAAUGAGAUCACCAAGGUACAUAUAACAUAUCCCGUAUAGUUAUCGAACGAGGGGAGGGAAAGAUUGGAUUCAUCACUUUAUCAUAUAACAUAUCCCGUAUAGUUAUCGUAACGAGGG